AUGUCUUUCGGUCAACGUCGAGUCGCCAGUCGACGCGGUAAACUCGAAACAGGAACGAAAGUUGCAUCUUCUGCAUGGUUUUCUGGGUUGGGUUUCUACCCCAAACGCCAGGGUCUGAGGCUGGCACAAGUACCUAGCCGUGUUACCAUGCCAGUGUACACUACUAGGCCAAGCAUAGUCUCCGAGAUGGGCAAGCUUAAUUACUUCGGCCUUCGAGGCAAGAGCCUUAACUGGGCCAUCAGUAUCAUCGCAGGAUGUGACUUCUUGCUUUUCGGAUAUGACCAGGGUGUCACCGGUGGUAUCCUCACCCUCCCCGCCUUCCAAUCUCAGUUCCCUACCAUCGACUCAGAGCCCGAAGGCCUUCUCGGAGGGCUUACCAAGAGCCAGCGCUCUACCAACCAAGGUAUCGCCGUCGCCUCCUACAACUUGGGCUGCUUUCUCGGCGCCAUUAUCACCAUCUUCAUCGGAAACCCUCUCGGUCGUAAGCGCAUGAUCAUCCUCGGUACCGCCAUCAUGGUUAUCGGUGCUGUUCUCCAGGCUUCCGCUUUCUCCAUUGAGCACCUCAUCAUCGGACGUAUUAUCACUGGCCUCGGAAACGGCGGCAACACAUCAACGGUACCUACCUGGCAGUCAGAGACGUGCAGCUCACACAAGCGCGGCAAGCUUGUCAUGAUUGAGGGUGCCCUCAUCAGCGGUGGCAUCAUGAUUUCCUACUGGAUUGAUCUCGGCAUGUCUUUCGCCCCCGGAUCUGUCUCCUGGCGUUUCCCUCUGGCCCUGCAGAUCCUCUUCUGUGUCUUCAUUUUGGCCUUUGUCUGGAACCUGCCCGAGUCUCCUCGCUGGCUCAUUCUCAAGGGCCGUGACCAGGAGGCUAAGGAGGUCAUUGCUGCCAUCGCCAACCUCCCCGAAGAUGACGAAUACUGCAAGAACGAAUACGUUGUCAUGAAGAAGACCGUCGAGGAGAUGUCCAAGGGCACUUUCAAGGAUCUCUUCACCAUGGACAAGAACCGCAACUUCCACCGCACCUGCAUCGCUUACGUCAACCAGAUGUUCCAGCAGAUCUGCGGUAUCAACCUCAUCACCUACUACGCCGCCGUCAUCUACUCUGGCCUGGGAAUGUCUCGCUUCAUGGCCCACUUGCUGGCUGCUCUUAACGGCACCGAGUACUUCAUUGCUUCUUGGCCCGCCGUCUUUCUGGUUGAGCGCGUCGGCCGCCGCAAGCUUAUGCUUUUCGGCGCUAUCGGUCAGGCCAUCACCAUGGCCAUCCUCGCCGGUGUCAACUCCCAGAAGACUUAUGCCUGCCAGAUUACUGGCAUUGUGUUCCUCUUCGUCUUCAACACUUUCUUCGCUGUCGGAUGGCUUGGCAUGACUUGGCUCUACCCCGCCGAGAUCGUCCCCCUACGUAUCCGCGCCCCCGCCAACGCGCUUUCUACAUCUGCCAACUGGAUCUUCAACUUCAUGGUUGUCAUGAUCACUCCCGUCGCCUUCGACUCCAUCAAGCAUCACACCUAUACCAUCUUCGCUAUCAUCAACGCCAUCAUCGUCCCCGUCACCUACUUCUUCUUCCCUGAGACCGCCUACCGCUCUCUGGAGGAGAUGGACUCUAUCUUCUCCAAGGCCUCUUCCGGUUUCAAGGGCGCCUUCGACGUCGUCAACGUCGCCCGCAAGGAGCCCCACCGCUACGGCAAGAACGGCGAGCUUCUCAUCCAAUACGACGAUAAGGAGACUGGUCACGCCACUACCCGCGAGAACCGCCGCGAGAACAGCACCAGCAGCAGUGAGAACAACGGCCUGUGGGCCCGCCAGGACGAGGAGACACAGAACGUCGAGAAGUCCUGAAAGGUUGAAUCCUCAGGUGGUAUUCGAGUGGUUCGCCCCCUGGUUGGGAGAUUGACAGGCCGCAUUGGGUUUCAAAGCGACUCAUUGCGCUACGAAUUAUGUCCUCGCCGCAUAGGUUCCGGCUUUCUCAAAUGGGCACGGAAUGACUUCCAGUGCCAUUAAUUUCUUUUCUCUUGUGAGGCCUGAAGGCCUCUAAUCCUGUUAAGAGAUACCACUAGAUCGUCUUGAUUGCCAGGAGAUUCUGACCUCGAACAGGCGCUUGGAUUUCCCUGAUUCAGAGCAGCUAAGGAGGCAAUAUUGGGUUUUAGACCUUUUCUCUCCGUGAAUUUACCAAG